GGACCGACAGACAGCUAUAUAAUAAUGUAGUGGACGAGCACACAUCGAAUUAUUGUACUACAUGCUAUAGCCUAUACUGCAUGAUCUAAAUUAAAAUAAUAAUUGAUCCCAAAAUAUGAGAUCAUCAAUUACUAAGUCCUAUAUAUAUAUAUAACCAUUAGCUAAUUUUUUUUAUCUCUCUAUCUACAUAAAAAAAAGAAAAAGAAGCAACCAUCAUAUAUUCAUUUCAUCAAUGGCGGUGAAGAAGAAGGCGAGAUGUUGGCAAAACUAUCUAACGGGCUGCUUCAAGCCCGACAGCCCGAACCCGAUUCGGAUAAAGAUGAAGCAGCCGCAAUCUUCGUUAAUGUUUCAUAGGAUUUCGCUGUCGGAUUUGAGCAGCUCCAGUACAAUUUCCGAUGAUCUGUCGAUUUCGUUGGCGGGUUCGAAUAUCCACGUGUUCACGCUCAAUGAACUGAGAGUUAUUACGCACAACUUCUCGUCUAGUAACUUCCUCGGCGAAGGCGGGUUCGGUAAGGUGCACAAGGGUUUCGUCGACGACAAGAUCCGGCCCGGUUUGAAGGCCCAGCCCGUUGCCGUUAAGGCCAUGGAUCCCGAUGGCAAACAAGGCCAUCGCGAAUGGCUGACGGAAGUUAUAUUUCUUGGGCAAUUACGACAUGCGCAUUUGGUGAAGCUGAUUGGAUACUGUUGCGAAGAAGAACACAGGCUUCUUGUGUAUGAAUACAUGCCUCGAGGCAGCUUGGAAAAUCAGCUCUUUCGAAGAUUUUCAGUUUCACUACCAUGGUCAACAAGAAUAAAGAUUGCUAUAGGAGCUGCUAAAGGCCUAGCCUUCCUCCACGAAUCCGCAAAACCCGUCAUUUAUCGCGAUUUUAAAGCUUCGAACAUUUUGCUAGACUCGGAUUACACUUCGAAGCUCUCCGAUUUCGGGCUAGCGAAAGACGGGCCAGAAGGUGACGAAACGCACGUCUCAACACGAGUAAUGGGCACCGAAGGCUACGCAGCGCCCGAAUACAUAAUGACAGGUCAUCUGACAUCAGCGAGUGACGUGUACAGCUUCGGGGUGCUCUUACUAGAGCUUCUGACGGGUCGGAAAUCGGUGGACAAAAACCGUUCUUACAGAGAACAGAUUCUCGCAGAGUGGGCCCGGCCGAUGCUGAAGAAUCCUAGGAAGCUGAUUAGGGCAAUGGACCCUAGGUUGGAAGGGCAAUAUCCGGAAAGAGCGGCUCAAGAGGCGGCUGCUUUGGCUUAUCGGUGCUUGAGCCAUCGGCCUAAGCUUAGGCCGACUAUGAGUGAAGUCGUUAAAGUGUUGGAGUCGUUGAAAGAUUUUGAUAACGAGGUUAGUAUGGGCACGUUUGUGUUUGUUUCGACGGAUAGUACUGAUUCGCAUAAGGAGAAGAGGCAUAAGGUUAUUCGGGGGAGGUCUCCGAGAUCGUCGUCGGUUGUUUUUACGGAACAGAAUAUUGGGAAAUGUUUGAAUAAUUCAGAGGAAAAAAAAUAGAGAGAAAUUUGUGGAUAGAUCAAAACUGUAUAUAGAGAUUUGAGAUAGAUAAAUUUUUGUCAUUGAUUGUGUAGAGGGUGACACAUUUUUUAGUUAGGGGAAGUGUGAGUUUUGUGAGUUUUAGCACAUUCUUUUCUGUUUUUGUGAUUCAUGGACAUUUUUUUUUGUAUUUCUUUUUGUCAACUGUAAUUAAAACGAGAUGAUUGAAUUGUUAAUUCAGAAA